UAUGUCACUUCUGUUGACAACUUGAGACCGUGUAGGAAAAGAGUGCUCGUAUCGGGCCGCAUACGAUGACGGUCCGGUGAUAGUUGCCUUUCUGGGCUACAGAACACAAGAAUAAUGGAUCUAAAAAGGGCGAAGGCUGUAAUGCUAGUGAUAUUUGUUUUAUUAGGUCUUAGCUCGGCGUUGGUGGUGAAUGACAGCUGUAAACAAAUGUCAACCUGCCGAUGCCAGUUCGACGGUGGACUGGAGAUUAAUUUGAUGAAGGUGGCUGCCGAUCCCCUUGAUGCACCGAGGUUUAAGGAACUGACUGCUAGUAAUAAAUCGGACAGAAGUUUUUAUUCAUAUAAUCCUUGCUACAGUUAUGUUUUCCCACCUGAAGGUCAAGAAAUGUCAUGUAGCAAAGAUGUGGCUGUGUGUCAAUCCAGUACUUCAGGUUUUAUCAAUAUUGGGAAACAGAGUUUUGCAAAGUUUCAUUUUGAUAAUUCAACAGACCAGUGGAUACUUUCAUAUUACAAUGACAUUGGAGAUAGGUUGUCAAAUGUUAUUUUACAGUGUACUGAUAAUGACAUUGACAUUCUUGAGGUAUUUGGUGAAACAACAGGCCAACAUAGGAGUGUAUUUAACAUGACCCUGAAAUCCAAGUGUGCAUGCAUAGGGGGCUGUCUGACUCCUAUCCUGCCCCACGGCAUGUCUGUUGGGUCGCUGUUCCUGCUAUUGCUCCUCAUCUUCAUUUGCGUGUACCUGACAGUGGGAUACCUGUACCGCCGCUAUGUUAUAGGUGCACGGGGCAUCGAGUUGCUCCCGCACCUUAACUUUUGGAUGGACUUUCCAUAUCUUGUUCAGGAUGGAUUCUUUUUCCUGCUGUAUUGUGGAAGGAGAGAUGUUACUUAUGAAAGAAUAUGAAGUGAAGCUUUAUAUUUCUGGAGUAGCUUUUAUACAUUAAUUUCUUUAUUUUUCUUGCCUCUAUAUUAACUAGAAGCAACAGCUUAGUGAAAUGUAAAUAGAAAUUCCAAGUUGUUUCAUAUACAGCCUGUUACUUAUACUAGCAAUAACAAGGUUUAUAUUACUCAACUACCUCUGCAUUCCCACAUUUAGCAGUUUAGUCAUGUUCUGCUAUGAUGGCAAUCCUGCUAUCAGUGCUGUUGGCAACCCUGUUCUCCCAUGCAAUGCACUAGUCAUUCAUUCUUAGACAUUGUAAAGCAGUGCUCUUAUAUUUUGCCCAGCUGUUUCCCUUUAUUUGGCUCCAUCAGAGCAGGAAGGACCUUCCCUGCCACCUGUUGUGGAAUAUGGACAACACACAAAGGCUUCCUGCAUCUCAUCUUGGAAUACAGAGCAAUUCGUCUAGGCCUUCUCCACUUCCAUCAGGACUUAUGCACCUAAAGUGUGGGAAUCUGCUAGUAUAAGAAACAGGUUAACAGGUUAUAAGUGAAACAAAAAUUAAAAUACAAAAAAUGAUAGAUUAUUCAUAUUUUUUUUAUUUAUUAUCAGAUUGGAGGUAUCAUCUGUCAUUCAAGGUUAUGAUGGAUUUCAUGUCAACACACUUGGUUAGAAGUCAAGAAAAAGGAUUGAGAUUCCAUUCCAUGAUGAAUCAGAGUUUUGUAAAUGAAGAUUUGAUAAGGGAUCAACAGUGUUUAUGUAAUCAAUAUUUUGCUUUUAUAUGUGGAUUUUUGUUUCUCUUUCUUUCUUUUCUGACCAUCGUUGCACUUUUUAUAAUGAUAUUGAUAGGAAGGGAUAAUCUUUGUUGAGUCAGUGCUAAUGGCCUUAGAUGUUGGCAGAGAGAAAAAAAAUGGACCAAGUAAGCACUCUCUCUUAGAAUUAAAAAAUGGAUCAAGUAAGCAAUCUCUCUUAGACUUAAAAGUGGUGCUUGGCUCUUAAUUUUCCAAGACACAAGUACUUAAGUUUGUAUACAGUCACCUAAAUUGUUUGGUGGUCUGUGUAAUAAAGCCUGAUCAACUUAAAUUUUAGAGGCUUUUAGAGAUGCAUUGUAAAUCUGCUUUGGAGAAGGAUUUUCAUUAUUGUGAAAAUUACAAAAUAUGUGAUGGAACUCAUUUUUAGGUAGUAAGAUGUUCUUUGUAAAGCAAAUAUAGAUACACUUGUUUUGUAGAUGUAAUUCGCCCAAAAUGACAAGUAAGGUCUGUAAAUAAGCCUAGUACUCAACUGUAUCUUAUUGAAAAGUUCCAGUUCCACUCUUUUCAGAUUUCUGGAUCUACAUCAACUUUGGCUUUGAUUUGAUUGUUACAAUUAGUGUAGAACAGUAAGAAAUAUUAGUAAAUUGACCAAAGCAAUUCCCGCAUUUUAUGUAUAUUAUGAUGGAGUUAGGAAAAAACAUGAAUCACACACCAGAAUGAUAUUGUUAAUUAUAUUAUGUACUUAAUGUACAAAACAGUGAUGGGGUUGUCUGAUGUGAUAAAUAAUCCUGUUAUUGGGUUAUAGAUGCCUUAUUUAGGAUUAAUUUCCCUCAAAUGGUUUAGGCAGAGGAGUUGGGAAGACAUAUUUUUUAUAAAAUAUCCAUGACAAAAAUGUCACUUUUAUACAAAUUAAAUAUUUUUUCUGUUUUAUGAAUGACUAUUUUCAUGUUAUUUUUACAUCAGAGUUAUUAUGCUUAUGUAAGGGAUUGUAGCUGUUAAUACAGCUAUAUUGUCUUAGAUUAGUAAAUAUAUUUCAUAUGAAGUGAUGGUAAGCAGAGUAAUAUUUCAUGAAUAAAUUAUUUCUGUAUUAUUGAACAGACUAACAUAAUUAUAUAAUAAUGUGGAUUUAAUUUGUAUUUUUGUAUCAGUAAGGUUGUGAUAUAUUUGUAUUGCUCUUAUAUCAUGCUUUAUAUUUUUCUCUGUAUCAAAAGUGUUGUGAUCUUACUGUAUGUAUGAAAUUUGAGGCAACAAAAAGUUUGUGGAACUUAUACAACACAAUUAACUCGGAUUACUGGAACUAAAUAAAAAAUAAAUAAUAUCUGAAAAUGUGAGAUUCAAAGUGGCAAUGUUUUUAAAGGGUUAGGUAUAAGAGUGCUGGAAUGAAAUGAUUGUAAAAGUUGCUGUGCUUUUAUGUUGUUUUUAAACUUCUUCAUAUAAGAGAGUUUGAAUGUUGUCUCAACAGAUGAAAUAGAUAGCAUUUUUGUGAAAACUUAUUUUCUGAACAAUUUUUAUAGCUUUAUGUGUGUGAUAUGCUAUUAAAUCUUAGGAUUCUAGGUAAUUAGUCCUUAGUUCAUAGCCAGAUAUAAAAACAGUAAAUUAUAUGGCAAGUGCCUUACUUUCCUCAUCAGUAAUUUCUUUUGUCAAAAAAUUUUGUAUUGCAUUUUUGCAGACCAUUAUGUUCCUUCUCUUGUUUUACGUUCCUUCUCAUUUUCAAAUCUCUGAAGUAUGUUGUGUGCAUAGUCCAAUGACUAAGAAUUUUUUUUGUAUCAUAAAUUAUCCCACAGGAAGUUGUACAUUAACUAUGAAAGUUCUCUCUUUUUUUGUUUUUUUUUUGUUUUUCCUUAGGCCAUAAGGUUUUGAUCAAUGUCAAAGAAAUCACAUAUUUUCAAUCAUUUCUAAUCAUGAGUUAAAUGGUAACAUGGUGAAAACCCAAAAGUAAGGUAAGAUUGGAGAGUUCUGUCGAGUGAAAUUGAAAAUGAUGAUGUUUCCAUUUUGAAUGGCUUCAGAAUAUUUCUUGUGAAAUUUGGAUACAAUGUUUACUGAAACAUAUCUUUGAAUAAUACAGUUUCCUAUUUUUUC